AAAAAGUCACAAAAAAGCAAAAAAAUAUUUUUGGCCGCUCGCUUAUAUGGAAAUACCCCAUAGUGCACGGUGAGUACACUUGUCUAUUCUGUUUACGUUUGGAAUCCUCAACGUUGUUGUACUUUCUCGGUACUGUCCUACUGGGACGUUUUGCUGCUGUUGAAGUUUGCUGCUGAACAAUUUGGACGAUCACAAACACAUACGGCCGACUGCUGUGUGAUUGGCGACGGUUUCGAGUACGAGCGGUACCUGUGCUGUACUAGAGGACUGAGGUGUUUGGACAGGUGUUUUGUUUACCGGGGCGCGUAUUUUUAUACGGUUGGUUUACAAGGCCUGUACUGCCAGGCUCACAGGGUGAGUACUCGGCACGAAUUCUUGCUCGACGGUGUAUUGCAACCCUUUUGCUUUCUCGGAUUGCUCCGGUGGACAACUCGCUGCUCUCGACGAGUAACACUGCCGCGCUGGUGACGUCACUGGCCUGCUCACUGCUGGAAGGACGGAAAGUUGCUGUUUGUUCCUGUUGGGCGUAAAACAUACAAGGCCUAGUUUUACAGGCUCACAGGUGAGCCUCUUUCCAUUCCGUUAAGCGCGUUGUUUGUGGUGCUUCGCUUGUGUACCUUUCCCACAGUGUGCCAUCUGCGUCAUCAUGUCGACUAGGGCCAAGCUGGUCAAGAAGCGGGACCUGAUCAUCGCGCACCUGACUCAAACGAAGAGUUUCCUCAAGGGCUACGAUGUGGCGACGCAACGGCAUCUAGUGUCUGUACGGAUGGAAAAGCUCGAAGGAAAAUGGGAGGAGUUUGAAGCGUUGCAGCUGGAGAUCGAGGAGCUCGAGGACAAGGACUACAAGGCAGGCGUCACUGCCGACGCAUCCAAGGAAGAAGUGGAGAAACGAGUGAAGCAGUUGGAGGAGAAGGAGCAGCAGCGAGAGGACAUGAUGAGGAGGUUGGAGGAACUGUAUUACGAGCUGCUUUCUUGGAUCAAACUGCCAGACAAUACUGGCACACGUGAUGUACGUUCUUUAACGGCUCCGCUUCAACCUGGACUAAAACAUGUAUCCUGGUGACAAUCU